CCUCCCGUUGGGGCCGCGGCUGUAGCACAGCGAUCCGCGGCUCGGCCCGCGACUUACACCCGCUUUGCCUGCCGCAGGCGCUUCCGGUUCCGGUACGAGGAGCCGCGCAGGAUCCGAGGCGCUGAUCAUGGCGGGGAGCCGGCUGGAAACCGUGGGGAGCAUUUUCUCGCGGACGCGGGACCUGAUUCGGGCUGGGGUGUUGAAGGAGAAGCCGCUCUGGUUUGACGUAUAUAACGCCUUCCCCCCGCUGAGGGAGCCGGUCUUCCGGAGGCCCCGCUUGCGAUACGGCAAAGCUAAAUCUCCCGUCCAGGACAUCUUCUACCAAGAGGAUCGGAUUAGAGCGAAAUUUUAUUCUACCUAUGGAUCUGGUCAAAAAGCUUUUGAUCUGUUCAAUCCAAAAUUCAAGUCUACCUGUCAGCGGUUUGUGGAGAAGUACAUUGAGCUACAGAAAUGUGGAGAAACAGAUGAAGAGAAGUUAUUUGUGGAAGCAGGGAAGGCUUUACUGGCAGAAGGUGUCAUUUUAAGACGAGUAGGAGAAGCAAGGACUCAACAGGAUGGCAGUCACAUUUCCCGGAAAUCCGAACCCAUGGGUGUGAAACCCCAAACUGCGUCGGAGGAGAACCAGGCUCUGAAAGAAGUUCCACAGGCCCAGCAUUUGGAGGCACCUGGAGAACAGUCGAAAGGCCUCUCGCCUCCUUGAAGAACUUGUAUACUGUGUAUACUGACAUCCAAACUGGAUUCACUACAUGAGUGUUGUACUAUUUUUAACAGUUGAACUGUGUAAAUGUUUCUUGAUCGCUAAGGCAUCAUGUUUGCCUUCUUUUGGUUCCCACUUCUAGGUUGUCAUAAAGCCCUGUAUCAUGGUUUGAAGAAG